AGCAAAGUGGUGACUCUGUCUUAAAGCUGGAGGAAACUGUGCGCAAACAUGUCGCACACAUCCGUGAUGAGAUUCGUAUUCAAUUUUAAAAGUUGGAAAACGAUAAUAUUGUUUUAAGGUCAGAACUAGCAUCGUUGAAGUCAGAAAUUUUUGUUUUAAAAUCUGAAUGUAGUUCAAGGGACCAAACCGUUCCCAAGCAACCAGGUAAUGAUGUCAUGCCGGACAACACCUCGCUGACUAUAACUGAUGCUGUGUCAGAGAUCAGGCGGAUUGCAAGAGUGGCGUCCGUUCAUGAACAUAAACCGCAGGUUGCCUUCCAAGCUAAACUUGACAACUCUCAACUCAGUGUUGGAAACGGACAGACUAUCAAAUUUCACAUUAUCGAUUUUAACAUAGGAAAUGGCUACAACCACCUACCUGGUGUAUUUACGUGUAAGGAACACGGUCUUUACAUGUUCCAUUUGACUAUGGUUCUCUACCCUGGCAAGUUUGCUGAAUUUACCAUGAAGAAGAAUGGACAUACCUUUGGCCUUUGGACUUCUGUACGUGGGCGAGAAAGACUACGCCGGGAGCAGUUCAACCACAGCACUAGUGGCGCUGGAAACUCAGGAUACUGUCUGGAUCGAGGCCAACACCGCUCACUCCCCCGGUAUUGUUAUGCAGUAUACAUGGUCGUAUUUCUCUGGUGUUCUCUUGUAUCCGAAGGUAUAGAUUAAAA